UUCUCACUUCAUCACUUUCACAUCUCAAUGGGAAAUAAAGCUAAGGAUGCGGAAGUCAUACGAAUUUUGUCUAAUUUUGAGGAUAAAUUCUCGAGCAAAGUAAAAAUGUUUAUAAAAUUAAUUACAAUUGGAAAAACUGUGCAGGUUCUCGUUAAGUUGCAAUUUUAAGACCACAUCGAAUAAACAUUGCAUGCUCGAACUGUGAAAUCUGUGUAAAACUGCACGGAAAAUCGAUUUUUCCAACUGCGGCAACAAUAGCACCCACCACAGGCCAGCAGCUGUAAAUACGAUAUUUGCUGGGAAUAGAAAUGCCUAUUUGCAACGUCACUGCUGGAGUGCAUCGUAAUUAGUUGAAGCCUGCCAGAGAAAAAUCGCUGGAAAUUUUUAAACAAACAACGAUGCCGGAAAAUUUGGAACUGCAUCAGUUUGUGGACGGGUUUCGCCAUGGCGAAACUUCACACAAGCUACUUACCCGUCUCAAAUCCUCUCUAAACUGCCCCUACUUGGGUAUUAUACUAGCUACUCUCUCCUCGCUUUUCUUCUCACUAUGCUCAGUAAUUGUUAAAGGAUUGGUGGAUGUGAAUCCAAUGGAACUUGCUUCGUUUCGAUUUAUCGGUGUCUUACUUCCCGCAAUACCUAUUGUCGUGUACACGCGCCAUCCAGUGUUUCCCGAAGGCAAGCGUGUUAUAUUGUUACUACGCUGUUUUAUGGGCACCACAGGGUUAAUGCUAAGUUUUUACGCCUUCCGCCACAUGCCACUUGCCGACGCCAGUGUUAUCAUUUUUUCGACACCAGUAUUUGUAGCGAUUUUUGCCCGCGUUUUUCUCAAAGAACAAUGCAGUUUUUUCAACAUCGUAACUAUCGUACUAACACUGGUCGGCGUAGUUCUCAUCACACGGCCACCAUUCGUUUUUGGUGACGCCGCGCCUUCAAUGGAGACUGAACGGUUUUCAGGGAAAACCUAUGAUAUCUGGGGUCCAGUUGCUGCCAUAUCGUCCACAUUAUUUGGUGCCAAUGUAUACAUACUCCUGCGAGCCCUUAAAGGACUGCAUUUCUCUGUUAUAAUGACAAAUUUUGGUGCUUUUGCGCUUGUCUACACUUUCAUUGUGUGCGGCUCGAUUGGCGCCUUGUGUUGGCCGGCAUGUGGUCACGAUCGUUGGCUAGUUGUGGUUCUAGGUAUUUUUAGCUUUUUGGGCCAAAUAUUGCUUACAUUGUCGCUACAAGUGGAACAAGCUGGACCAGUGGCUAUAGCACGCUGUGCAGAUAUUGUCUUCGCAUUUAUAUGGCAAAUAAUGUUCUUUGGUGAAACUCCAACCGGGUUUUCGCUUUUGGGAGCAUUGCUGGUGGUGAGUUCAGUGAUACUAACAGCACUAAAGAAAUGGGCUCUAUCGCUGCCACGCGAAUCUACAGCCAGAAAACGACUACGCUAUUUAUUGCUGGAUUAAAGGCCAUUCAAACUCCUUCAAAAUAAAUCAUAUAAAAAGUACUAUAGUAUAUUAAUCUUAGAAGCGAAUUGUGGUUUCUC